AUGUUCGCCGCCACCAGUCCACCCCCCUCCACCGCCCCAUGGCGCCAUCAUAUGCAGGAUCAGGAGGACGACCUUGUACGCGAGCUCAUGCAGACCAGCAACGUGGAUGCCGUGCUGGCGCGCAUGGAGGGAGACCACUUCCGUCACUUGUCUCCCAUCAUGCGCAAGCUGACCUCCUACGACGCCGACGCAUCCGCAGCACCAGCCUUGCCUCGCGCCGGUCCACCGCCGCCGCCACCACCACCACCGGAGCCAUCCGCGCCACGCACCUACGGCGGCGGUUUCGGUGGCAGCGCGGACUGGGAUGCGCAGUCAUCUCCGUCGAUACUGCAGCCUGCCAACCCCUAUCUGCCGCGGUCGCAUCAGACGGCCUCAGCAGCUUCUACCUCGUUCCACCUUGGUAUGCACGAUGGUGACGCUGCUGCGUGGGCAUCGCCAACAGCACGUCAGCCGCCACCACCACCACCACCGAUGCAAACACCGUCAUCGGCUGUGUAUGGUGGUGUCGCGCAUGAUCCACUCGACGCGUACCGGCGCCCGGCUGGCGAGGCUGCCGCUGCCGCAUCCCACCUUGAUCACGAGGCGGAGUCCCGCUAUCAAACGACGAUCGACUCAUGGCUAUGGCCCGAUGCUGAGAUGCGGGUGAAACGCGCUGCGCGCGACGAGGAGCGGUCUGGCGCUGGCCGCCAUCCAAGCCCGUCCGCUGCCUCGCAGCAGCUGCACGUGGACCCUGCUCUCGGCCAGACGGCUGCUGUGAGAGGCAUGUUGUCCCCUCCAACAGUCAGCAGCUCGUUGCCUGCAAGCGCGGGCCGCUACCACGGUAAUGCUGACGGACGGUUGCCGCACGUGACGACGCGGGCGACAUCCGCGUCACCGCACCGCCCCUCCGCAUCUCUCGUUGGCGAAGCCACGGGUGACGUGGGUGGGCUGGAGAACGCUGCGCAGUCACGUAUAGCUCGCCAGCUGCAGCUGCUGCGCAACUACCGCCAACUGGCCGAGUUGUGCUCGCGCACUGACAACCCGAGCACGGACCUCUUCCGCGCCUUGCCAUCAGAGGAGCUCGCGCGCAUGCAGGUGGAGCAGCUCACGGGGCUGGCGCAGCGAGAGCAGAGUCCCAUCACCGUAAACAACAACUACUACUUCAACGGCAGCGGCGACAGGCAUGGCAGCAGCCGGCGCGGCCGCGGCGUCGAUGGCGGACGAUCGCGUGGCAGCAGCGACGAGCGUUUUGGGGCGAUUCAAGGCAAGCCGAACACCGGCACAACGCCGGGCAACGCUCGCUCCAUAUCGGAAGCGCUCACGGGAGACAGCCACCUCCCAGGCGUGACGGGCUACCGUCCAUUCGAGUCCUUCUCGUCGCAGUCACAGAGACCACCGCUGCUGCCUUCACCACGCGCCGUACCGCUUCAAUCCCCGCAGCCGUCUUCCGGGCCGGACUCCCCUGUGGCGACGCCACCGCUCUCGCAGCGCGGCGGCAACCUCGCCCCACCCUCGCCGAGCCGCUCCCAGCGCGGUCGCAGCCAUUGUAGUCGACUGUUCGAUGCUCACUACACCCCGACGGCCACCACCGAAGAAGCCGGGUCGAGCUACGACGAGGGGGACGCUGAGGACGACGAUGAGGACGACUACGUCGGCGACUGUAUGGACAACGGCGGCAGCGAGGGCGAUGAGUACGACGACAACGGCACCGGGUACAGACGCCCGCCGCCGCGCAUUAUCGAGCGCGAGCAGCACCGACGCUUUCCCCACGUGAGCAACGGCGACGACGCGUCCCCGUCGAGACCUGCAGGCGGCUCGGCACAGCCCCCGUUAGCCCCAACCGCCUCCCAGCUGGAGCAUCAGCGUCACAGCAACUACUCAGGCGACUACGUCAACAGCCAGUCUUUGACGACCAUCGAGCACAUCCAGGACGCAAGCAACAGCGCCCCGCCUCGCAUGCGCGGCGGCUCCGCAAUGUUUGCGGGUGGUGGCGGGCGGAACAGUGGGGGUGGUGCUCCGGGCAGCGACGGUGGACGAUACAGCGUGUCCAGCGCCAUCAACGUUCUUUCGGGGGAUCAGGAGCUGCGCGCCAACGCACAGCGGCAGAGCGGCGGCGACAGAAGCAGCUACGAAGACCGCCGCACCUCUCAGCACCUCGCCGUACCGUCGCCCCGUUCGCUCCAACAGAAGAGGCGCAGCUUGUCGACUGGCUCCAGUCCGGCGGCGCUACGUGGCGGCGGUGCCUUCACAGACCCGGAAGUGUCGCCGAACCGUCUCUCACUGCACGACCCCCGUCGGGCAAACCGAGAGCGCGAGGGCAGCACGCAAGGCUCGCCUACGUCUGUGAGCCGUCGCGGCGGCAAUACGGAGCGCCGCACGCGCACGACCCCGACGCCGGAGAAGAGUCCCACUCGGGAAAGCCGUACCAGCGGGGCGACGGCACCAUGCCCUCAAGGCGAUCGCCAGCCCAAGGAGCGUGGUGGGCCAGACGGCAAGUCGUGCUCUCUUCGAAAGGACGGGGCCCGGCGUAGAGGGAGGCGGCGCGGCGCUGACUCGGACGACGACAGCAACAGCGACAACCAUGACGUGGGCAGCAGGCGCAGUGGAACCUACGGCAGCGACAGCGAAGAUAGCGCGUGCGAUACCCCGGGUAAUCCACAGCUGCAGACACACAGGCCCCGCUCCUCGGCGCAGCGCAAGCGACACACAAGUCGGCGCCACGGCGAGCUGCGUUCUUCCUUGGGUCGUGGCGAGCGCGGCAGCCGCCGCCGUAGGUAUGACGACCACGACGGCGAUAAUGCGCCGACGCCGCGCAGUAAGGUCCGCUUCGGCGGCAAGCAGUCCUCUGUCACAACACGCGCGUACCCGACACAGCGUGGCCGCCGGGCCGGGGGCGACGGCGGCGGCGGUAGUGGCGCUCGGCGCUAUGACGCAGACGGCGGUGGAGUGGAUAACGUGCGAUCCGCUGCGUCCUACUCGUGCAGCUACACCACCAGCUCCGACAUCAGUGACUACGUGCCAGGAAGCUACUACAGCCCCAUCCGGUCAGGUCAUCGAGGUAGCGGCCGUAGAGGUGCACGUGGUGGCAUGAUUAGCCCGGGUAGGCCUCGCGCCUCUACGCAACGGCUGCAGCCGCACCCAAGCUCAAUUCGCAGUCCUGCUGGUGUGCAAGGUCGUUAUGACCGUGGGGUGCGCGGAGGCGCCACUCAAGCGCUGUACGGUGGGCGCGGCCGUUGUGGGGCCAUCCAGGGGCCGCGCCACGUUGGUGUGCCUGGCGCGGCCGCACCCGGCGUAGGCGACGAAAUCCGUCAGAGUCUCGGCUCACCUGGCCGAUAUCCUGCACUAGCAGGAAGCGGCUUGCCUGGAGGUGACCGCAGUCCGUACCGCGGCAGUGGUACUCUCUCUCCCCAGAUGGUGGCGUAUCAGCAACAGCAGCGGCAGCAGCAGCAGCGACUGCGCGGUGGCUUGCACCCUGCGGUGAGCGCCGGCGCCCGAGGCCCGAACAUGGCCAUGGCCGGUGGCUCUGCAGGGCUGGCGGGUGGGAUGAAACGCCUGCCAGAUGGCCGUGUCGUCUCCGUGGCAUCACCCGAGGCACGCCGGUACCAGCAGGCAAUGAGUGUGAUGGCGGCUGGAGUUCCUGGUGCGCACGCAACACCACCGAUGAAGAUGGAGAAGCCGAUUCGGUACAACCGCAGCCCCGGCGUGUAUCCGUCUGGUCUGCCUUACGCUCCACGUCUUGGCGGCAGGCCCUCCUCCGUGGGUCCCUCGCCCGUUAAAGGCGGUCGCUCGGCGUCGCCGUCGGUGGCUGCGAGCGUUUCCAUGACAGCAUAUAGCAACUACGGCGCUGGCGGCAGCAGUGCCCACGUUCAGCCCGGCCUGCUCUACGGCUCCCUCCUACCCAAGGCCCGUCCUAAGACAGCGAUGGUGAUGAAGGAAGAGCAAGGUCGCUCGCACAGCGUUGACCCGUACGGCGACGCGAACCACGCGCCGCUACUUCCUCGUGGCAGCGUCUGCCCCGUGCAGCCGGUGCCCAGCAGUGCCAUCCAGCCAUGGUACCUCGACAGCGACGACAAGUCGGGGGUGGACGCGUUUCCGAUCGCAGGCGUCGCGGCAAAUGGCGGCGCGAGCACCGGUGUGCUGCCACUAGCGUGGAAGUCCAGCGGAUCCGGCCGCGUGGUCAGCCGCACUGGGCACGUCCCCGUCGCCCCGCGCGGCAAGCUGUCCUCCCACUACGUUCCACCCGGCUCGAUUAAUCAGCGGAGCCAACCGCAGCAGCUGCAGCCGGCGCACCCUGAACAACAGCAGCCGCGAAGGGCGGCAGAGACUAGUGCGAGCUUGCCUGUCGUCUCACUAUCGCGCCUGCCGAGUGACACCGCAAGGCUGACCGCUGCGGCGGCGAGUGUCGUCAGAAACCCAUCGCAGAAGCAGGAGCAGCGGACUCAACCACUGAACCCCACCGAUGCUGGGCGGAACGACUCCGUGUUCUCUCUCCGAAAUAGCCGUCCGCGCUACAGCGAGGCCCCCACGCCGGCGGAGAUGUACAGCAAAGCCAUUCAGUCGCGCCGCAGCAGUCUCGGCAGCGCCAACGCGCAGCAGCGGUACGUCCCUUUUUCAGAGCCUCUAGAGCCAGCGAUGGGCGGUCACCGUGAGUCCGUUCUGCUGAAGCAGCAGAGCCCAUACAACUCGAGCAAGAUAACCGCAGCAGCUCGCACUGCCACCCUGCAGCACUUUGGUAUCCGGUCACUGCAAGGGUAG